AUGCACGUGUUUCUUUUGGGUCCUCCAGGUAGUGGUAAGACGUCAAUAGGAACAGUGCUUAAGGAGCGUUACGGUGUCUGUCACGUAACACCCAAUGAGGCGGUAUCACAUGCCGUAGAGAAUAACCGUACAGUCAUUAGUGAAAAGCUUCGUCAUCUUCUUAAUGAAGGCAAACCUAUCCCUGAUUGGUUGCUAACACGAGUAGUUGCCGAUGCCAUACGGGGACCAGAUUGUAUCAAUGGAUUCCUCCUUGAUGAUUUCCCCAAAACGGCUGCACAGGCACGCUUACUUAAUGAUGAAGGUGUAAAACCUGAUGCCAUUGUUUUGCUCAAUAUCGCUGACCGUGUUCUCAUCGAUCGUUACUCAGGAAGAUGGGUACAUUCAGCUUCUGGACGUAUAUACCAUACCUUGUAUAAUCCUCCAAAGGUAAAAGGACGUGACGAUGUUACCGGACAACCGCUGGUGCAAAGAGCAGAAGACACAGAGGAUGCUGUUCGGCAACGGCUUGCAAAGUUUCAGGAAAAUUUAAGUGAAAUUAAACUUGUAUAUGAGAAGGAAGAGUUAUGGCAUACUGUGAAUGGAUAUGCAACAUUAGAUACUAUUGAUCGGUCUAUUUGCCGUGUUCUAGAUCCAAUUAUUGCGGCUAAACACCGUCGAUGGUGGUCUAAACUGUUUUCAUGGAGGAAAUAA